CCUCUCCCCCCUCAAAACUCCAAACACUUUCCAUGAACGCAGCUUCUUCUCCCCACCGCGCCCAUUCCCUAAUAAAAGAAGCUCUUUUAGCCCUCCUCACCAAGCCCACAAACCCUAGCUUCUUCCCGGAGCUCCAAGCCCUGAUUCUCACCUCAGGUUUUGCUCAAGACCCCUCCAUCCUCCUCCCCUUCGCCCAAUACUUAGCCAAUUUCUCCUUCUCCUCCUCCUCCUCCUCCUACAAAACCCUCCUCCAAAUCCGCCACCUCCACCACCCUUCCCCUUUCCCCUUCAACUCCUUGAUCGCCUCCUACGCCCACACGCGCCGCCCACAAGCCGCUCUCGCCGUUUACACGUCCAUGGCGCGCGACGGCAUCCGCCCCGACAGGUACACCCUCCCCGUCGCCCUCAAAUCCUGCGCCAGGUUCCUCGGCCUCGGCGAGGGGAGGCAGCUUCACUGCGCUGCCAUCAAGAUGGGUUUUUUGCGCAGGCUCCACGUCGAGAACGCGCUCGUUCAUUUGUACGGCGUCUGCGGCGAGUACUCGUGCGCGGGGCACCUGUUCGACGAAAUGCGCGUAAGAGAUGUGGUCUCGUGGACCGGGUUGAUAUCGGCCUAUGUGAAAGGCGGGUUUUUUGGGAGGGCCCUGGAGCUGUUCGGGGUUAUGGAUGCGGAGCCGAAUGUGGCGACGUUGGUGAAUGUGCUCAUGGCUUGCGGGAGAUUGGGGAGCGCGGAAUUGGGUAGAGGAGUUCAUGGAUUGAUGGUCAAGCGUGAAACCGAGUUGGGCCUCAUUGUGGGCAAUGCUCUUGUGGACAUGUAUGCCAAAUGUGAGCUCUUGGAUGAGGCGAAGCUGGUUUUCGAAGAACUUCGAGAGAGAGACAUUGUUUCGUGGACUAGCAUUAUAAGUGGGUUGGUUCAAUGCAAGCAUCCUAAGGAAGCGAUAGAGAUGUUUCAUGCGAUGCAAGAAACAGGGUUGGAGCCUGAUAAGGUUAUCUUGUCUAGUAUUCUCUCUGCUUGUGCAAGCUUAGGUGCAUUAGAUUGUGGGAGAUGGGUCCACGAGUACGUUGAGCACAAGGGCAUCGAGUGGGAUGUUCAUAUAGGGACCUCAAUGGUCGACAUGUAUGCAAAGUGCGGAUGCCUAGAUCUGGCCAUAAGUACCUUCCAUAGGAUGCCGUGUAAGAAUGUCUCUUCAUGGAAUGCAUUAAUCGGUGGUUUAGCUAUACAUGGCUUUGGUAAGGAAGCCCUUCGGUACUUUGAUGGCAUGGUCAGUGAUGUUGCUAUAAGACCUAAUGAGGUAACCUUCAUUGCCAUUCUUAGUGCAUGUUCUCAUUCUGGGUUAGUGAAAGAAGGCCGUCGACUUUUCGCGUCGAUGACGGAAUUCUACAAGCUCACCCCGUCGAUUGAGCAUUACGGAUGCAUGGUUGAUCUACUCGGAAGGGCUGGGCUCAUAGAAGAAGCCUAUGAUCUCAUUAAAGUCAUGCCAACGAGAGCUGACGUGUUUAUAUGGGGAUCCAUGCUGAGUGCAUGCAAAGCUCAUGGGAAUGUGGAUUUCACUCAGAAAAUCCUGGGCCAUCUUCUUGAGAUGGAGCCGUCUAAUAGUGGAGUGUAUGUGCUUCUCUCUAACAUAUAUGCUAUAAAUGAUAGAUGGGGAGAUGUGACAAAAGUGAGGCUGUUGAUGAGGGAGAAGGGUGUACAGAAGGAGCCCGGGUCAAGUGUCAUAGAAGUUAAUGGCAUGGCUCAUGAAUUUUUGGUUGGAAUGAGCGACCACCCACAAAUGGAAGAAAUUUGGCUGGUUCUCAGCUGGUUCUCAGCUGGUUAGCGAUGCAGGUGCAUUUUGACAGGCCUGUCGAUGCAUUGUAGUUGAAAAUUCUGCACGCUUUUCACCAUACUUCAUAUGACUGGACUGCGGUUAGCUUUUUCGGUGGAAGAACUUGUUCAGUGCCGAGCAUGUUAGGUGGUCAAGAUGAGAAAUUUGAGUAUUUGACACAUCUCUCAACCUUUGAGCAGAACUUCCAAUUAACUUACAAGCCACUCUCUCUCUGGCAGUUGAAGAAAAUAGCUGCAACCGGAGGGCCGAGGUUAUAAAGUGCUGCGAAGUCCUUGGUGUUGAAGUUUGCCCUCCAUCCGGGUGGGUCAAUGGUUUGGCGAACUGAUUGCCUGAACAGCACAAAGAUGAAACGGUGUAUUCCAGCCGUUGGUCGCGGACUUUCUGAAAUAAGUAGCGAAGGGCUUCUUCGUUGGCUGGAGUUUUCGCAGAAGUGACGUCUGAAGGAGUACUAAUGACUUCUUUUUAUCAAGUUCCUCCUAACAACAGUAUGCACAAGUUUGAAGUAGAGCUUUCAUUUCAGAGGUCUAGAAACUUAUUUUAGUUUCUCACUGCAGCAGUAGUUUCAGAAUCUUUAUUUGCCAAGUGUCUGAAUGCUGCUUUGCGAUUUUGAGAAGUUGGUCCAAAAACUAGACCAAACUAGACCGAACAGGCACUAAGCGGUUUAUAACUUGUGACUUACGAGUGUGUAAAGGUUCCUCAUGUCACGCCCUCCGAUCUCGACCCUUGGCUCAUUCGCUACUUGCGACGGCUUCAGGUCGGACCCGUUAGUCAGCUCCCUACUAUUGUACAGCACUCUCACCGACGCGGACUUGGUAAAAGGGUCCAACACGUCGCCGACAACGUUUCCCACGACGAGCGGAUCCCUCGACAUGGUUAUUCUCGGCAAAUGCCGAAACCUAGAUGGCAAGAUCAAGAGCAGAAGAAGCAAGGAACACAAGGGAGAGCUCCAACUGGGCCUAGUGUGAUCUUGGUGAGAUGGUGAAGGUGAGGAGACCCUAUUUAUACACACACAAUCCACUAAGAACUUCAAGCCUUGAAUUCUAAGGAGGGUCAUGGAAUCCAACUUUUUUUUUUUUUUUUUUACUUUUCUUUGGCUCCAAUAGAGAAUGAUUUGGGUUGUUAUCAUUGGUAAUAUUUCUUUUGGAACU